AGAAAAACACAAGUACGGUGGGAACACUUCGAGCUAAUAGAAAGGAAGUACCAUCGAUUUUGAAGCAAAGAAAUAAAGAGCUGUUCAGUUCACUUAUGAUGAGGAAUGAAAAUAAGCACACAUUAACAUCCUACCAGUGUAGAAGGAAUAAGAGUGUUUUGGUUUUCAGUUCCCUGCAUAGUAACUCUUCCGUUCAAGACUCUGGAAAGAAGAAACCCGAGACUGUGUUGUUUUACAACUCCACAAAGUAUGGUGUGGAUGUACUCGACCAAAUGACAAGAGCACUCACUGUGAAGUCAUCAUCUCGACGAUGGCCAGUCCAAGUCUUUUUCAACGUACUGGAUUUGGCUGGCAUAAAUUCCUGGAUAAUUUAUAACAGUGUUUGCGGAACUAAAAUAUCUCGCCGGUCGUAUCUGGUGGGUCUUUCGGAAGAACUGCUUACAUGUAUACAUCACACAAGGUACGUGACAACGGGAAUUACGACGAACAACUCAGCGGAGUCGGGAAGUCGUGUGAACAUUAAACGUCGGCAGUGUCAGAUUGGUUACUGUAAAGGUAACAAAUCACAAAACAAGUGCUCUGUUUGUGAAAAAAUAGUUUGCGGCUCAUGUGGACAGAUUGAGCGAGUUAUCACUUGCUUCAAGUGCAAAUUGGAGUAGGUAUACGGAAUUGUUUACAAUUUUUGAAAAAAACUAAACCUUAAUACAAUCAUUUUUCUGUUACAGGUAUGUUCUAUACAUUAGUUUUUAAUAAAUG